AUGAACCAAUCACCCAAUCUAAUCGAACAGGGAAUUUCUCACCAGCAAUUGAAGACUGUGUUUUGUGCCAAUGUUCUCACUUUGGCUUACCAGAGCCUUGGAGUGAUCUAUGGUGAUCUUAGCACAUCUCCUCUCUAUGUUUACAAAACCACUUUCUCUGGGAAACUAAGUCUCCAUGAAAACGAUGAAGAGAUCUUUGGAGUCUUCUCUUUCAUCUUCUGGACAUUCACACUCAUUGCUCUCUUCAAAUACGUUUUCAUUGUUCUUUCAGCUGAUGAUAAUGGAGAAGGUGGAACAUUUGCGUUGUACUCACUUCUCUGCAGAUAUGCUAAGCUAAGUGUUUUACCAAACCAUCAAGAAAUGGAUGAGAAACUAUCAACUUAUGCCACGGGAAGCCCGGGAGAGACUCGGCAGAGCGCAGCGGUUAAGUCAUUCUUUGAGAAACACCCGAAAUCGCAAAAGUGUUUGUUGAUCUUUGUGCUUUUAGGGACAUGUAUGGCCAUUGGUGACAGUGUCCUCACURCAACAAUCUCAGUUCUUUCAGCUGUUUCUGGAGUCAAGCUCAAGAUACCCGAACUUCACGAGAAUUACGUUGUGAUCAUAUCCUGUGUCAUCUUGGUGGCGAUAUUCUCAGUCCAGCGAUAUGGUACGCAUAGAGUUGCCUUCAUUUUCGCUCCAAUCUCCACUGCUUGGCUUCUCUCAAUUAGUAGUAUUGGAGUUUACAACACUAUAAAAUGGAACCCGCAUAUUGUUUCUGCACUUUCGCCGGUUUACAUGUACAAGUUCCUAAAAAGCACUGGCGUAGAAGGGUGGGUUUCACUUGGAGGAGUAGUUCUUUCAAUCACUGGUGUUGAGACUAUGUUUUCUGACUUAGGCCACUUCUCUUCUCUGUCCAUUAAGGUGGCUUUCUCGUUCUUUGUAUACCCGUGUUUGAUUCUUGCGUACAUGGGCGAGGCUGCAUUUCUCUCGAAGCACCAUGAAGACAUCCAGAGGAGCUUCUACAAGGCGAUACCCGAGCCUGUGUUCUGGCCAGUGUUCAUCGUGGCUACAUUUGCAGCCGUGAUUGGAAGCCAAGCUGUCAUAUCUGCAACAUUUUCAAUCAUAAGUCAAUGCUGUGCGCUCGAUUGCUUUCCUCGGGUCAAGAUCAUUCACACUUCAAGCAAAAUCCAUGGACAAAUCUAUAUCCCUGAAGUUAACUGGAUGUUGAUGUGCCUUUGCUUGGCGGUUACAAUCGGGUUAAGAGACACUAACAUGAUCGGUCACGCAUACGGACUUGCUGUGACCUCUGUGAUGCUUGUGACUACAUGUUUGAUGAUACUAGUGAUGACAAUUGUCUGGAAGCAGAGAACAAUUACGGUUCUAGCUUUCUUGGUCGGUUUCGGUUCUAUCGAGCUUCUAUAUUUUUCGGCAUGCGCCUACAAAAUACCCGAAGGAGGUUGGAUUCCGAUUCUCCUCUCCUUGACAUUCAUGGCGGUAAUGUAUAUCUGGAACUACGGAACUACAAAGAAGCACGAAUUCGACGUUGAGAACAAGGUCUCAAUGGACCGGAUAAUCUCUCUGGGACCGAGUAUCGGAAUGGUGAGAGUUCCGGGGAUAGGACUGGUCUACACGAAUCUUGUCACAGGAGUUCCGGCUGUUUUCGGACAUUUUGUGACGAAUUUACCGGCAUUUCACCGGAUCCUAGUGUUUGUAUGUGUGAAAUCGGUUCAGGUGCCAUACAUUGGAGAAGAAGAGAGGUUUGUGAUAAGCAGAGUGGGGCCUAAAGAGUAUGGAAUGUUUAGAAGUGUGGUUAGGUAUGGAUACAGAGACAUUCCAAGAGAAAUGUAUGAUUUCGAAAGCCGGUUAGUCUCUGCUAUUACCGAAUUCGUUGAAACUGAACCGGGAUUUGAAGAAGAAGAAGGGUCGAACGUGAUGAGAAAGAGAAAGGAAGAAACUUUGGAGAUUAUGGAAGCAAAAGAAGCAGGAGUAGCAUAUAUAUUGGGACAUUCGUAUGCGAAAGCGAAGCAAUCUUCUUCGGUGUUGAAGAAAUUAGCAGUGAAUGUAGUGUUUGCGUUUAUGAGCACGAAUUGCAGAGGAACAGAUGUUGUGCUUAAUGUUCCUCAUACUUCUCUGCUUGAAGUUGGAAUGGUUUACUAUGUUUGA